CAGAGCCUCAGUCCAGGCUGCAGGGCGGCAGCAGUGGCUUGCAUGCCGCAGCUGAUGUCUCUUUAAGCGCAGGGCAGACAGCAGAUCUCCGAUCCUCCUCCACGGAGCGGAUUACGGCUCCAGCUCAGCGUCUCCUGCUGCUACAUCACCAGCUGAUUCUGGGUAAACAAAGGCGAGCAGAAGCCUCUCAGCACCAUGGACUUCAACGUGAAGAAGCUGGCGUCAGACGCGGGGGUGUUCUUCACCCGGGCCGUGCAGUUCACAGAGGAGAAGCUGGGCCAGGCUGAGAAGACGGAGCUGGACCCCCACUUGGAAAACCUAAUAACCAAGGGGGACGCUACGAAGAACUGGACUGAGAAGAUCUUAAGACAAACAGAGGUUCUGCUGCAGCCCAACCCAAUUGAUCACACAGGCGCUCGGAUCGAGGAGUUCAUCUACGACAAGCUGGACAGGAAGCUUCCCUCCAGAACCACCAACGCCGAGCUGCUGGGCCAGCACAUGCUGGACGCCGCUAAAGAAUUUGGAGCAGAAACUCCGUAUGGCAGCACCCUGAUCACCGUCGGAGAGUACCAGAAGAAGCUGGGAGGAGCCGAACGGGAAUUCCUCCACACCUCAGCCGUGACUUUCCUCUCUCCUCUGCGCAACUUCCUGGAGGGAGAUUGGAGAACCAUCUCAAAAGAGAGGCGGCUUCUGGAGAACCGACGCUUGGACCUGGACAUCUGCAAGGCCCGUGUGAAAAAGGCCAAGCAGGCUGAAGCCAAAGCAGCGGCUACACCAGAUUUUCAGGAGACGAGGCCCAGGAAUUACGUCCUGUCAGCCAGCGCAUCCGCGGUGAGAGUUGAAGACACACACACUGCAUAUCAAUCAGAGGGACCUUAUGAAUUGCUCAACCACCUGAGGUGUUUACAGGACUUCGCAGAAGCUCAGGCCACCUAUUACGCUCAGUGUCAUCACUACAUGCAGGAUCUGCAGAGGGAGCUGAACAGGUGA